AUGAACAAUAGUGUAGAAAAUGAAGAUGAUAUUGAUGAUUGUGAAUUAGAAAAAAAGAAUUUAAAAUCAAUUAAAGAGAUUGCUCAAUCAUUUUGUAUAUCAAUAACUAAAUUAAAAAAAGCAGAAAUCAUUGAAAAGAUUAAAUCAAUAAUCAAAAGAAAAAGAGAAUAUGAAAAAGAACAAAAACAAAAACAAAAUGUUAAUUCAUUUAAUAAAAUUAUUAAAUUGACAAUUACAGAUAAUAUUGAACCAAUUGAAAUAUUAUUUUGGAAAUUAUUUAGAAAUAAAACAAUUUAUAAAAAGAUAUUCUCAUUUAUGGAUAAACAAUUCACAAUAACAUAUGAUUCAGUUUCAUCAAUAACAAAACUAAUAGAUUCGAAUCAAUUUGGUAUAAUAAAAGAAAAAGUUAUCAGAAAUUGUAGAUAUUUAUAUUUCAAUUCAAAUCCAUAUUCAAUUAAUCUUACUCAAGAUAUGGAAUAUUUAGUGAAAUUAUUUUCAACGAUUAAUCAAGAUGAAGAUGAAGAUGAUGAUGAUGAUGAUUAUUAUAGAUUCUAUAGAAACUUUUUUAAAAUAGAGAAUGAUUAUUACAAGUCAUCUGGUGCUGUAUCAUGUGCACUAAUUUUAUCAAAGAAAUUACAAGUUUUCAAAUUAUUUGUUAAUGAAUUCAAUUAUAAACCAACAAAAACAGAUCUUUUGCAUUCAAUUUUUAAUGGAUCAAAUAAAUUCAUUAAAUAUCUAUUAGAAUUAAAUUCACCAAACUCAUUUUUAUUAUUAGAAAAAGAGUGCACUGAAGUUAUCAAAGAUUUUAAUCAUUUCUAUACUCAUGGACUUGUUCAAAGAAAUAGUUUUUACAAAGGAUUGUUAUGUUAUUUAAAUAGUAUUGGUAAUGAUAAUUAUGAUAGAAAUCAGUACUUUGAAUUAUUAAUAGAUUGCGCUGAUGAAGGAAAUUAUGAAAUUAAUGAAAAAUCAACAUUAAAAUCAUUAAUCACCACUGCUAGAUUAAUUUUAAAAUUAAAAACACCGCCACCAGAACCGAUAAAAGAUGAAAAAGAAGAUGAAGAAGAAAAAGAACUUUCAAAAAAGGUAAUCAAACCAAUUACAACAAUUGAUGAAAUUGAUAACUUUAUAAAGAAAAUUGAUAAAGUUAAUUUAAAAUCAUUAUUAGAUGAUCCAAUCAUUUUCAAUAAUAAUGAAAUUAAAAAUUUUAUUAAGAAACUAUUGAUAUUAUCUCAACCGAUAUUUUAUAUCCUCCUAAGAAUGAAAGAAAUAAAGGAAUAUUUUGAAAGAGUAUUAUCAAGAAUCAUUAAAUAUAAAUGUAGAGAUGAUGAUUUAAAAGUUUUAUUUUCACAUUGUUAUGAUAGAAAUAAAAAGAUUAAAUUCAUUGAUCAAAUAGUUGGAAGAAACAUUAUACAAGCCGAACCUCAAUUUCAGAGUUAUUUCUUGUAUUUACUUGUAAUUCAUAAUGAUAUAGAGUUGGUAAAAUAUUAUUCAAAUAAAGUUGGUAAUCACAUACAAAUACAGUAUACCAUAUCAUUACUUCCACCAACCUAUUAUAUCGAAUCAAUAGAGACGUUAGAAUUUUUAUUUUACAAUCAAUGUAAUUACUUUAAAGAUAUUUUUUAUAAUGAUUACAUCAGUACAUAUUAUAAAAAUUUAGAAUUAUUAAAACAUUUCGAAUCAUUAUUCAAUAAAUCAAAAUCAUUAAAUCAAUUAGGUAGUGGUAGUGUCAGUGGUAGUGAUGGUAGUGAUAGUAGUGAUGGUAGUGGUAGUGGUAGUGGUAGUGGUAUACAUGCUUAUAAUGGCCUUGUUAGCUUUGUAAUUGAUGGAUACUUUAAAGAUAAAAGAAAUUAUUAUUUGACAUUUAAAAGAAAUAAUAAUUAUUCUGAUUUUGUUAAUCACUUUGCUUCAAAUGCACAACUCUACUGUAAUGAUAAAUUUCGUUUUGAACUUUUAUUCACUACUUCAGAUUUAUCAUUUAAACAUUCAAUCAACUUUCAAACAUUAAGAAAUUUAGUAAUUAAUGGACAUGCUUUUGUGAAGGAGCCAAAUAGUCAAACAGAAUCUUAUUCAAAGGAGCUUUUAAAAUUUAUGGAUUGGAUAUAUACAAAUUAUAAUAAUGAAUUGAAAAAUGGUAUAUUUGGUUUCAAAACACAAAGAUAUAGAUAUCAUUUACUCAUUGCAAUUGAUAGCUUUGAUUCCAACAACAACAACAACAGUAUCGUUAAUAAAUACUUUAAUGGUAAUGAAGAAGAGAAUGAUGUUUAUAUUCAAAGAUUAGGAUUAUUAUUAAAUGAUGUCAUCCUACUCACUCCAUAUUUAUUUGAAAUUAAUAAUUUGAAAUUUUUAAAUUGGUUCUUAACAAUCAUUCAAAAGUAUCACAAUUCUUCAUUAUUAAUUCCUACAGGUACAUUUUAUUAUAUUAAAAAUAUGGUUUUGAUAUUUGGGGAUCAUAUUAUACUUUAUUCAAAAUUACAAAUACUUGAAUACAUUCAUCAAAAUUUCAAUUUCAUUUUAAAGAAAGAAUCAGAUGGUGGAAUAUUAACUAUUAAAGAAUUAAAAUCUUUUUUAUUUUCAUCACUUACCAGAGAUGCAGUUAAAAUUUGUAAAUUCCUUUUUCAAUUCAUUACCAUUACAAAAAAAGAAUUUGAAACAUAUUCAAAUAAAAAAUAUAAUAAAUAA